AUGAUGCAGCAGGACCCUCAGGACAGAUGCUCUGAAGAGGACACUAUAAAUAAUCAUAAGAUCAUCAAGACCCUGGGCACAGGAAACUUUGCUCAGGUAAAACUGGCCCUCCACCUCCGCACAAAGGUACCAGUUGCUCUGAAGAAGCUGGAAAAGGAUAAAACAAAUUCCACUAUUAUUGGAAAUGAGCUAGAGAUUAUGAAACUCCUCGAUCACCCUAAUAUAAUCAAAUUGUUCCAUGUCUUGGAAACCACUGAACACAUCUACUUGGUUUUGGAAUAUGCCUCUGGGGGUGAUCUGGCUAGUCAUAUACUAGAAGUGGACCAUAUACCGGAAGUGGAGGCCCAGCACAUAUUCACACAACUGACAUGUGCAGUUAAAUACUGCCAUGAGAACGAUAUUGCACACAGGGACAUAAAACCAGAAAACAUUCUGAUGGAUGCAAUGAAGAAUGUGAAGCUCUGUGAUUUUGGCUUAGCCGUCAAUGUGAGUGCUGAGCCAGAGUCAACAGUGUUCUGUGGCACCCUUCCCUAUUGUGCCCCAGAGCUCUUCAGCAGCCAAAGCUAUGAUGCCAGGGCACUUGACAUCUGGAGCAUGGGAGUGGUUCUGUAUAUCAUGGUAACAAAGCACUAUCCAUUUCUCGCAACAACUUACGAUCAAAUGAAGAUCAAAAUGCAGAAGCCACAUUGCUACAUUCCACCAAAGCUCCCAGUACACAUUGCCAGUCUCAUCAUCAAGUUGCUCACUACAGAUCCUGAGCAGAGGCCCAAGAUACAGGACAUCAUGCAGUAUCCGUGGCUCAAGGGCAGUGAAGAAUUUUCAAAAUCAACCCUGUGCCUAGAACCACUCCCCAACAAGCCCAACCCCAGGAUUAUGGCAGCCAUGUUGGGCUUGGGCUAUAGCCUCAAGGACAUUGGUGACUCUUUACAUGAGAACAACUUUAACAGUGUUAUGGAAACAUAUUUAAUAUUAAAAUACCAGUCACCAUUCAUGGACAACUCCAACCAUAAAGAAAAUUUUACACUGCCCAAUAUUGCCAUGGCACCCGCAGAUCCUACCACCUGCCAUUCCUUCCUAAAGAACAUAGGGAGUGAGCCUGACAAUUCCACCUCUACCGUGCCAGCAAAUUAUCCAUCUCAAAAUAAUAAAAUUGUAAAAAAAGAAACCAAAAAUCACAGCAUGCCUUCCAUCCACUGCUGCCAGCAAAAAAGCCAACCUCACUCUACAGGUGUGCAGUGUGGUCCUUUGAAGCAUGACCAUGAACAGAUACUGAGUAGCAGCCUGAAAAAGAGAAGAAGGGUUUCCAAGAGCGUGUCCGGUGGUCCUUUCCAGCAUGGCCACGGGCAUCUUCUGAGCAACAGGGCUUCCAAGAGCGUGUCCUGUGGUCCUGUGCAGCACAACCAAGACAAACACCUUCUGAGCAUCACCUUACAGGAGAGAGGCAGGGCUUCCAAGAGUGAGUUCUGUGGCCCUGUGCAGCACGACCUUGAGCAGCACCUGGAUAUACUUUCUGAAGACCACAUCACCCAGGUGGAGGCCCAGGAUGAAAAUCCCCAUAAGAGCAGCUCAUUCCUCCAGCAUACACCAUCUUCGAGGAGCUCCAAAGAGGGAUCUGAGGAUGUGACCACCACAGAUGCUCAUCAGCACAAGAGCUUGACCCCCCAGGAAAUAUCAGAACCAAACCUCACCAGUGCCCAACCCCAGAGAGUGACCAUAGCCUCUCCUCGCCGAUGGGGUGGAUGGAAGCAGGUGAAGAGGAGACUAGUGAAGGGCUUACGAAGAUUGCGCUGCUGUCUACCAGCUGAGGAGAGACGCUGUACUUUCCAGAGGAGAGUGGCUCCACAGGAAGGAGGGCACAAUGGAGUCACAUAA